UUAUAAGCUUAUCAACAUCGUUUUUUUUUCCCCAUGGAGCAAUUGCUAAAGCCAGAACGUUUCGAUGUGGACCCAACGAGUUCGGGUGCAGAAACCAAAUGGAAACAUUGGAAACGGACUUUCACGAACUUUGUUACCAAAAUACCUAAUGUUAACGACGAAGGUAAGCUUUCGCUCUUAUGCAAUUACAUCUCCGCGACUGUAUUUUUAAGUAUCAACGAUGCGGGAAACUAUGACGAUGCUAUAUCUACCCUGGACUCUCUAUAUAUCGUACGUCGCAACGAAAUCUUUGCUAGACAUUGUUUAGCCUCCAGAGGUCAACAAACAACAGAAACAGUCGGAGAAUACUUACAAAUCUUAAAACAACUCAGCAAGGACUGUGAUUUCAAGGCUGUCACAGCAGAACAAUACAAAAACGAGUACGUACGUGACUCAUUUAUUCGGGGUCUAAAAAGCUCUCGCAUCAGGGAACGACUGCUGGAAAACACAACUAUAAGCUUAAAUGAUGCUUUCGAUCAAGCUAGAUCUUUGGAAUUGGCAGAGCUGCACUCAGCAUCCUAUCUGACCGUACAGACACCAAUGCACACAGCUGCAGCUGAUUACGCUGAAAGAAACAGAGAAACUCGGCCCUUUUCUGAAGGAAAUACUUUACUGGAGCAAGAGCACCUUGCUGCCGCAACUCCAUCACGAUCAAAUGCCUGUUUUUUUUGUGGAAAUGAUCGCCACCAACGAAGUAUCUGUCCCGCUAAACAUGUAACCUGCCGUAAUUGUGGCAAGAAAGGACACUACCAACGAGUAUGCAAAUCAAAACAACAACGUAAUACGAGCGAAGUAGGGACAUCUGCACACAUCUUAGCCUCUCUUUCAUGUGCUGCUCCUAGUUGCCUACAAAAGUCGUUAGCUACAGUGACUGUUAAUGGUGUGAAACUUCAAGCUUUAAUUGACACGGGUAGCUCCCUCAGUUUUAUAAACUCCCGUCAUAUAACAACAUGCCGGCUUAAAGUAGUACCAUAUCUUGGUAAGAUCACAAUGGCAAAUUCUGCAAUGACAUCAGAAAUUGCUGGACGUUGUAUCGUGAGCAUUGAGGUCCAAACUCAUCGCUAUGAAGGAAUAGAAAUUCUAGUCAUGAAAGACUUGUGUGCUGAUCUCUUAAUCGGGCAUGACCUCUUAAAACUUCACUCAUCAUUGAUUGUUAACUUCGAGGGAAGCAAACCUCCACUGGAAAUAUGCUCUGUAGCUGUUGCUAAGGUAGAUCCUGUAUCUUUAUUCGCCAACUUAACUCCAGAUUGCAGACCAGUGAUCACUAAGUCGAGACGACACACUAUAGAAGACCAACAGUUUAUUGCGGCAGAAGUUAGAAGACUGCUAACAGAAAACAUCAUUGAACCCAGUCACUCACCUUGGCGAGCUCAAGCAUUUGUGAUUAAAGGUGAAAAUCGUAAGCCCAGAAUGGUCAUUGAUUAUUCAGUAACCAUAAACAAAUUUACCUUGCUUGAUGCUUAUCCUCUUCCUAAAAUUGAGGAACUUAUUUCCAGAAUAUCCCAAUAUGAAAUAUUCAGUAAAAUUGACUUAAAGAGU